AUGUCGAACAACGGAGGUCUCCUCGGCGGUCUGCUCGGUGGUGUCGACAAUGUCCUCACCGGAGGUGAACAGGCCAAGGGCCAGGGCGGUCUCCUCGGAGGCGUCACCGGUGCCGUCGGCAGCACGACACAGGGCCUCGGUAACGGCCUGAACGCCACCACACAAGGCCUCGGCAACGCCGUGGGCAGCACCACGCAAGGCCUGGGCAGCGCCGUCGGCCAGACCACGCAAGGUCUCGGACAAACGGUCGGCGGUGUCGGCCAGCAGGUUGGCGGCGCCGUUGGAGGUGCCACUGGAGGCCAAGGCCAGGACAAGGGCUUCAAGAGCUACGGCAUCUAA